AUGGUGUCCUUCCGCUCCCUCAUCGCGCCCUCGACCGGUCUCUUCCGCCAGUUUCUCCGCAAGCCUCUGGCCGGUGGUUUCCUUGCACGGUCAUUCUCGCAAUUAACGACCUUGUCUCUUACCAAUGGUCUUCGGGCUUUGCGCUCCGGAAAGCAGCAGGCUGGCAAUGUUAGCGUCGCGUCGACGGUCAAACAGUUGGAUCAGGUUCGGGGAAUGAAGACCCGCUCGUCGGUGAAGCGGCUGUGCGAUGGUUGCAAGCCCGUUCGGAGAAAGAACAGAGUCUAUAUCAUCUGCUCGAAAAACCCUAAGCACAAGCAGCGUCAAGGAAAAUAAACGCAAAUCGGGAGAAGUGUACGACCAUUUCAAUCUACUGCAUUCAUGUUCGAUGGAUAUCGGAAGAAGCUGAAAACGACGUCCUUACGACAUGAUGUGACAGCUCUUGAUACCGGAGGCAGAGAUACUUUUUGUGCAUAUACUGGAUAUACGGUUUCUUUUAUUUGAUUGGGAUAUGGGCGCUUGUAUUGUUUGCAUGUAUAUUAGAGCUAAGCAUUUCUU